AAGAAAGAAAGAAAGAAAGAAAAGAAAAAACUAAAACAAAUCAGUGCAGCCACUGAGAUCCAGGCCUGGUGGCGGGGCACCCUGGUGCGCCGGGUCCUGCUGCGUGCAGCCCUCACUGCCUUGGUCAUUCAGAACUGGUGGCGGCGCACGCUCAAGGCGGUGCUGGAGAAGAAGCGCCGGUCAGUGCUGAUCGACUAUUCAAGCAAAGCAAGGGCGGUGGUCAAGCUGCAGUCUCUGAUCCGCAUGUGGCGCGUCCACUGGCGGUACCGCCAGGUGCUCGACGCCAUCCACCUCAUCCAGUGCCACUGGCAGUACCACAACUGUCAGGUCUGUUCUCACCUGCGGGGUCACUGCGAGAUCACUACCACUCACCUGCAGUUCCAUCUUGAGAUCAUCAGAAACUAA